CAUUUCCUUCUUCGUCAGCCUCCCUUCAAUCGCCAUUUUCCCCAGUAAGGCUCCCCUUGUUUUUUUCCGUCUCGCUUUUACUACGCGGCGGCGGUGCGAACGGCAGGGGCAUCUUCGGCACCAGCGGCAGCGCCAUCGGCGGCGGGCCAGCACCGCGGGGGCAGCGCCGCGCUCCGCUCCUCACCCGCCCGGGGCUCCCCGGCGGCGGCAGCGGCGGCUUCGGGGCUCAUCCCCGGGCCGGCGCUUAUGCAAGGGCUCCUCCUCGCCCCUUCUCCGCGGGCCGAGGGCGAGCGGGGCCGAGGUGGGGCCGCAGCGCGGGGCACGGCGGAGCGGAGGCGCGGAGCGGAGCCGCCGGGCGCCGGGAAAUAAAGGGCGGCGGAGAGGCGGCGCCGGCCGCGGAGAGCGAGCAGCGAGCACAACAAGCAGCGCCUGGAGCCACAGCGUGCGGGGAGAUGUCAAACGUCCGCAUUUCUAAUGGGAGCCCUACCCUGGAGCGCAUGGAGGCCAGGCAGUCGGAGUACCCGAAGCCGUCAGCGUGCAGGAACCUCUUCGGGCCGGUGAACCACGAAGAGCUCAACAGGGAGCUGAAGAAACACCUGCAGGAGAUGGAGGAGGCGUACCAGAGGAAGUGGAAUUUCGAUUUCCAGAAUCACAGGCCGCUGGAAGGCAGGUACGAGUGGCAAGCCGUGGAGAAGGGGAGCUCGCCCGACUUCUACUUCAGACCCCCCCGGCUACGGAAAGCCGUCUGCAAGUCCGCCGGCCGCCAGAGCUUGGAUGUAAACGGGAAUUGCCAAAGCGUGGUUUUUGUCGGUUCUCAGGGAAUCUCAGAGGACACUCACUGUGUAGCUCAAAAGACUGAUGUUUCAGAAAAUCAGACGGACUUAGCAGAGCAGUGCACUGCCCAGAGGAAAAGACCCGCGGCCGAUGAUUCCUCUCCUCAAAAUAAAAGAGCCAACACAACAGAAGAAGAGGUUUCAGAAGACUCCCCCAGUGCCAGUUCAGUGGAGCAAACACCCAAGAAAUCAAGCCCGGGAAGACAUCAAACGUAAAGCGUUUAGAGCGGAGGAUGUGCGCGUCCUCGUUCGUCGGGUGCGGCGGGCGGCGAUGAAGCGAGGAAGAUGUAAAGUUGUAGUGGGAAAGGAAAAAAAAAUACAUAUCGCCGAUCUCCGGGGGAUGGAGGUCCUGUACAAGCACUGAAAAAAAGAAAAAAAAAAAAAAAGAACAGAAACAAAACAACAGCAACAAAAAGCAAACAAUAACACUAAAUUUUAGGCACUCUUAAAAGACCUGCCUCUAAAAGCAUUGGAUGUAGCAUUGUGCAAUUAGGUGUUUCCUUAUUUGCUUCAUUGUACUACCUGUGUAUAUAGUUUUUACCUUAUGUAGCACAUAAAACUUGUUGGGAGGGGGGAGGGACUGGAAGAGGGUGACCAUUGGAACUUGCUUUCACAAUCUAGCAAGCAAAGAAAUCUAUGAAGAGAAGCAGUGUAGGUUUUUUAUUACUUAAAGAUGUAUUGUCCCUUUAAGUGGGUCCACAGUGUUUUUCUCUUUUUCUUUUUUUUUUUAAUUUUUAAAUUUUUUUUUAGAUUUUUUUUAAUGUAUCAUCAUGGUAACUGUUCAGAGCAGAUUAUUGUGAAAUUUUUUUCUACGGCAUUAAGCUGAAGAGGUGGGAGCUGUGAUGAUUCCGUUAUGUAGUAGCGAAAAUUCCCCACUGCCCUCCCCCCCACUAAAUCCAUAUACCAAAACUGAUAGCCUGUAAAAAGUUGUGUAAAAUCUUCCCACCUGAUUACACUGCCUGAUUUUUUUUUUUUUUUUUAACCUAAUCUGGAAGGCUUUUGCUCUGAGUCUGGAAUAUUGUUGUUUUCUGAUCUGACCCGCUUCCCGAAGUGUUUGUGUGUGAGAGGAAAAGGGAUACUACAUCUUUAAACAGUAUUUCUACGUUGCCUGUGUACUUGUAUGUAAAAAUAAAAAAAAAAGUUUGAAGUGUACCUGUGUACAUAACUCUGUAAAGACACUGAGAAAGUAUACUAAUUUAUUUAUGGUCAAAGAUUUUUUUUAAUCUAGAAGACAAUAUUUUUUCCCCAUAAAGCCAAAGUGGCAUGUUUUUGUGCAUUUGUAAAUGCUCUAUUUGGUAGACUUUUUAGAGGGUUUUUUCAGUUUGGUUUUUUUUUUUCUCUUUUAUUUUUUCUUUUUUUUUUUUUUUUUUCUUUUUCUCGUAAUUAAUAUGGCUGUGCUUAAAAGAUUGCAGACUGAGCCAAUUUAAUUUUUUUUUGUAAUGUGUGGGGAAAAAAAAUCCAGAUUGAUAUUGUUUCACAUCAAGCAAUCAAUAAAGUAAACUGCCAUAUAUAAGAAAUAUGGUCUUCA